CAAAAAGCUUUGUGGAUUAAAAAACUCGAAAAAUUUUUUUUGAGUGAUAGAAGUAUACAUUCCAAAAGCUCUGUAUGGAUCAUUUAAUACAAUAUUCCAGUGAUACAUCAGACGAAGAGGAAGAACAGUUUGAUUGUCAUAUAGUUGAGCUGCUGCACAAGAGGAAAGAAGAAGGCAACCAACAAAAUAAAUCUGAAGAUCUCAUUACUAAAGACCACCAAGAGCUUAUCAAUACAUUAGUACCAUAUCUGCAAAACUAUUCACAACAUAAAAUGAAGAAAGUAGGUGGAUACUUAUAUAUACCAUGGAGACCACAAUUGGUGACAAUUUCUCAAAUUAACCGAAUGGCAUUGAAAACUAUUAAACAGAUGCCAUACUUGCGGGAAAACAUGAAAUUCAAAAGUACUAAUGUAUUAUCAACAAUAGGUUAUCAUAUGAGUGCUCUGAAUAAUUUUUUAAUUGAUGCACUGAAAAUAGAUAACUUUCGAAAUGACAUACGAUCAUGCAUCAGAGAUAUAGAGCUCGACGAACGAUUACUUGGUUUUAAUGUCCAAGAAGCUUUUGCUCAACAAAAGCUUCAUUCCUUAUUCUUUGAUGAUUCUCAGGUUCCUUCUCCUGCAAAAUAUAUAAAUUUGAAGUUUGAAAACAGAUUCAAGUUGUAUUUCAGUGAUAGAACAAGUAAGCUCUUUAUAGGAUCAGAAAUUGACAGUAAACAUUAUAAUUCUGAUUCAUUGACACAUACGAUGAAAGAGUCACUUGAGACAAUUAUUAAACAUUAUGAUGAAGAUUAUAAACCAAGAGAAAAUUUGGAACUACAUGUAUCUUUUCAAGUUGGAGACCAUUUAACUAGAGAUAUUAAUAAUCUUAGAGAAGAAGGAAAGUUUGAUAAAGUCGAAAAGUUAAUGAAAGAAACCCCUGUUCUUUUAGAUGAUAUUAUAGUUAAUGUCAAUGAACUAGUAUUAUUAAUAGAUAAUGAAGAGUCAGAAGUAUUCAAAUUUAGUAUAUAGUUUAAAUUUACUCAUGUAUAUAAAGUAAUUUACAUAAAAUUUCAAAUUAUAAUAAUUUAGAUACGUCAACGGCAUUAAUAAUCUAACAUCUUAUGAGGGUAUGAAUAAUGAGCUAAGAGACAAGAAGAAAUGUACAAAACAUAAGUCAAUGAUCA